ACCUGAAAUUCAGCAUGUUCUGUACUGAUUUAGUAUCUGCCUUUAUCUCUUCAUGGACUGGCACCAGCUUUAAGUCUUUUCUGGCCUCAUGCCUGGAUAAUCAAUGCCAUGAGUCCUUCCAUCUCUUCGUCACCAAAUAUGUAACCCUUUUUAAUCUCUUUGCAUCCUGUUGGAGUUGAGCACAUUAUGCUUGCUCAAUACCACUGUGGGGAAGAAUCAGGUGCCGUGCUAAAUGGAUUCUCAGUGUCACUGACUGACUUCAGAAGAUUCUGAUGCUAAAACCUGACUUAAAAGUUGGACUAUAAGGAACAUACUGAAAAAGCCCCUGUAGUUUUCCUGGGACAAUGGAGGAGUUCCGCCGUUCCUAUAGCCGGCUAUGUAAGGACAGUGGAGCUGAGCCCCAGGAAGCAGUCCUUAAGCAACUGCAUGAUUUGCGGGAGGGUCAUCGCAAGAACAAGCUGGACCUGGCCACCCAGAGCUUGUCAGUUGACACCUGUGGAGCUUUGGGGAAGCUCCUGCAAAAUGACAUCCUGUUUUCAAUGGUCCUCCUAAGUGACUGUAUGAUGAGUGAAGAAGGAUCUAAACUGCUCAUACAAGGACUUUGUUCAAACACAGUAGUCAAAUAUCUGGAUUUAAAGGGUAAUAACCUUCGAGCUAUGGGAGCUGAGGCUCUGGGCAAACUCCUCCGACAAAACAAGUCCAUUCAAAGUCUUGUUCUAGAGUGGAACAAUCUGGGAAUGUGGGAAGAAAGUUUUUCUCUCUUCUGUGAGGGGCUUAGGGCCAAUACUACUCUGCAGCAACUAGACCUACGAAACAACCAGAUCAACCACAAGGGGGCAGAAGAGCUGGCCAUGGCCUUGAAGAACAAUUCCACUCUUCAAGAUAUAGAUCUUCGUUGGAAUAACAUUGGACUCUUGGGAGGCCGGGCAAUUGUAAAUUGUCUUUCCAACAACAAGACCUUAAGGAAGCUGGAACUAGCUGGAAACAACAUCCCAGGGGAUGUCUUGAAAGCUGUUGAACAAGCCAUGGAUCACAACUUAGACAGGCAGGUGUCACUCCAGGAAAAUCAGAACCGGACCUAUGUGCUAAGUAAAGAAGUCCAAAACCUUAAAGAAGAGAAGUCCAAACAGUUCCUGAACCUGAUGGAUACAAUUGAUAAACAGAGAGAAGAGAUUUCCAGGAAUUGCAGGACAUCGGCAGUCCGAGUGAGUCAGCUUCAAGAGGCCCUGAAUGAGCGUCACUCCAUCAUCAAUUCCCUCAAGGCCAAGCUGCAGAUGAGUGAGGCUGCCUUGGCCCUAUCUGAGCAGAAAGUCCAAGAUCUGAGUGAGCUGUUGACUACUGCACAGAAAGAGCAAAUAAACUUAUCACAGCGACAAUCCAAGGAACUGCAGCUAGAGCAGCAGGAAGCUGCAGAUCGGGAAUCUAAACUAUUGAAAGAAGUGGCUUCAUCCAAUGAAAGAAAUAUGCUUCUUCGUAGCCAGGUGGAUGAAUUAGAGCGAAAGAGCAAGACUCAGCAGGAGCGGCUUUUCCUUACAAAACAGGAACUGACCAACAUAACUUCGGAGCUGAAGCUACGAUUAACUCAGGCUGAAGAGCGCCUGGAAAUGGAGAAGAGGAGAUUCAAACAAAGCUUAGAAGAUUCCGAAAACCUCCGACUAAAAGAGGUAGAACACUUGACUCGUCGAAUGGAGGAGAGUGAAAGAUCCUUACAAGAGAGGAUACAAAAGCUGGAGACAGUACGAAUCUCCCUGGAGGAGGAGGUGAACCGAGUGAAGAAAGCUAUAUUGGCUGAGCGAAGUCAGGCAGAGGAGGAGAUGAUAAAAGCCAAGAGCCAAGUGCGCCUGGAAAUGCAACAGCGAGUGACUCAUCUGGAAGAGAAAAUACGGCUGAUUUCCCAGGCUCGGGAUGAAGCUCAGGAAUACUGCCUCCAGCAGAAACAAGCUGUGACUGAAAGCCAGACCAAGAACAACCAGAUGAGCCUUCAGAUGGAAGCUGUAAGGCGACAGCUAGAGGAGCUGCAGAAGGAGGUGAGAGACAAGGAACAGGAGAAGGUGGCCGAAGUGAACAAGGUGCGAGUGGAGUUGCAGGAGCAGAUUGGCCACCUGCAGGCAGAGAGGACAGCCCAGGAAGGUUUAAAGGAGAAGAUUGCAGCUCUGGAAAGGCAGAUCAAAGUGAUGUCAAGCAGCCACCGGGAGGCUCUGCUGGACAAAGAGAGUGAGAAUGCUUCUAUCAGGGAAAAGCUGAGGCUCAAGAGUGCCGAGAUCAACAGGCUGCGGGAGGAAGAGGCCCAGCGAGCAAGCUUCCUACAGAACGCCAUCUUGGCUUAUGUACAGGGCUCUCCCCUGGGGACUCCAAACCCCGACAAAUAAUAAGAGUUAAGGGAGAUUUGGGACUGGGUAUAAAGCAGAGGGAAUGGUGGCAGCAAGACAAAAGGAGCUCAGCUCUGCUUGCCUAUGAGACAUCUUCCAUCUCCUUAGGUUCUCCUUAGAACCUAAGAUGAAAAGUACAGAAUGAGACCUUCCAGAGCAUUUGAGGAUUCCUGGUGGAAGUACAGUUGAUGCUAGAGAACUACUAUCAAGGGAGGUGGGAAAUCUGGGUUUCUCCCAACUUUCUUCCCUUCCUUCACCUCUUUCACACAAGGCAAAAUGGCUUUCCUAUCCCAUCUCCAACUUAAAGCAACACUGAUGACUGAGGAGAAUGGAGGCUACCAUGCUGUGUUUUUUGAAAAAAUGCAUUUUAGAUGUGAUUUGAAUUUCAUUGUCCCAAAGGAAUUUCCCCAGUCUAGGUCUAAGUGAAAAGUCUUGGCUGGUCAGUGCCCACUGUGUCAGAAGUAAAUCCAUGGGCAUUGCCUUUAUUUAUAAGGCAGAUCAGUUAACCAAAUGCUCCCUGGGAUCCAAGGACUUAACAAUUCCCUUCUCUGCCCUUUGCUAUAGCUCAAAGGAAAUGUGAGAUGUGCUUCAGACAUCUCUACUCCAAAUGUUCACAUGGACUAUUUGUACUUGCUCUAUGGUGCUCUAUGGAGCUUUAAGCUCAUAUUGGUCUUUUCAGCCACAGUCAACACACUGUAUCUUGACCCUGACAUAGUGAUGUCAUUUUGGUCCUCUUUGAGCACCAAGGGAAGCCACAAAUCUUUGCCCCUCCAACCUAUUUUGAGAAUCAUGUGCCUUAAAGAGAGUGCUGGAAGAUGACAGGAAACCUGGAGCAGAACUAAAUUUGAACUCUGCAGAUAUCUCUGCCCAAGAGCUAGCUGGGGGUUUAUGUGUGUGUGUGUGUGUGCCUAAUGGUGUGCCAGUUACAAAGCAGAUGAUGUUAUGAACACUUAAAAUUGAACCUUGAGACUCACUCAGUGGACAUUGUUUUGCACGCUGUUGGGGCCCAGCCCUACGGCUAGCAUGGUGAUUUUUUAAAUUGUUUGGCAUGUUUCUGAAAUACAGAGCUUGUGCAUUUCAUGAUA